ACCAGGAACGUGGAUCGCUUUGAAUGUACGAAAAAGAGAACAAGGAAGCAACAUGUGCCGAUAACUAUACAAGUAAUAUGAUCACAGCAAUAUAGAAAGGAAAUAGAGAAAAUAGUAAUUGUACUGGAUAUUUAAAAUACUGCGGUUAUUAUACAGAAACUAUGAAGAGAGAGGUAAAUGCCGGGGUGAAUUUCCUGAGACGCCUAGCCGUGGAGCGGGGUGGCUUAGAUGGAACCAAAGCUGACGCUUUUGCUGAAAAGCUGCGGCAACUUCUGGUCAACAAAUUCAAAGACCACUGGUACCCCGACAACCCCAACAAAGGACAGGCAUUCAGGUGCAUCAGAGUAAGCGGGGGGGUGGUGUAUGAUGAGGAGGUGCUGAGAGCGUGUGAGGAGAGCAAGCUCAAACCCAGCGAGCUGGGCCUCCCAUGCGAGAUUGCGCUGUGGAUCGACCCACUGGAGGUGUGCGCACGGUCAGGGGAGAACUGCAGGUACUUCACAGUAGCACGUUUCAAAGAAGGAGAAGAGGAGGUUGAGGAAGAUGUGAAAGGAGACAAAGAUGUUGACCUGGAUACGUCUGACUACCACUCUGCCAGCUCAUCUGACUGUGGCUCUGCUGUCUCCAGCGAUACAGAGGAGGAGGGGAAGGAUGGAGAGACGGACGGAAGAAAAGAUGAGGAGAAGACGAAAGAGAAAGAGGGAAAGAAAGAGAAGGAGAAGGCAGAGGGCGAACCUUAUGUGAUCGCCAUGAUGCCCAGGGUUCGGGAUAGGUUCCGGGGGGAGCAUGCUCAACAGAAGGUCACCAAAACACUGCUCCAGCCCACCUCUCAGCAUUACUUCUACCACCCUGCCCCUGUGUGGCCCACAACAUACAAGAAGAAGGGUCCUGUGUUCCUCACCACAAUGUACGCACCUCCACCUCCACCUCCUCCAGUGUUUGGCUACUACGUCCUGCCACAGCCACCCCCGCAGUUCAUCAUGCCUUAUGCCACUCUGCAGCCAUGGGGGGCUGUGAAGAACUAAACCAACUGGUUGGAGAGGGGGAGGUUAAACUGCCAUUAAGCCAAUCACAAUGUGUCUAUGCAGGUUUUUGAAGGUGUGGGUGAGGCGCAAUUAAGAUAGUUUGACAAAAU